CUGUUUCCACUGCAACCAUUGAUUCAGGCCAUGCUUCUGCGCAGCAGCAUGCUUAGCUGCGGUCGUUGCGGCUCCGCGCAGCAGCACUCCAUGCACCUGCUGCAGCAAGGGCGCUCGCUGCAUGCGUUGCCGCCGCUGCGCCCUGCGCCGGCACCGCGCCUGAGCGCCGUCUGUGUGGUGGCUGGCAAGGCCAAAAAGCAGCGACAGCAGCGCCGCGAUGGCGGGGGCGGCCGCGGAAGUGGAGGCGAGGCAACCGUGUCGGGCGCCCGACCCCAGCUGCUGCCGAGGGUGAACGGCGGCAUGGAUGCAGCCCCCGGGUUCAGGGAGCCAUCCGUGCACGGGUUUUCAAAUCGGCCUAACCAGUCGCUGCCCCCAGAGCUUGUGCUGCUGCAGCAGCUGGGCGGAGGCCUGGGCCCUUUGGCGAACCCCUUCGCAUCGUUCGCGCACUCCUUUUCGGACGCCUUUGUGGACCCUUUUGAGGAGCUGCAAAAGCAGCGCAUGAUCAGCAAAUGCUUGCAGAAGGACAUCAGCCCCCUGCACCUGGCUGCUGGCGCGGGGAUGCAGGAGGAUGUGCGGCGCAUGCUGCAGCAGUGGGGCUUCCUGCCGGCGGCUGCCACGGAGUGGGAGGCGGAAUGGGGGGAUUACGGCAGCGACCGCGACGGGGAGGGGGACGAUGACGGCAGCAAUGAGUUUAUGCACCCGGAUGCUCAGGACUUUGAGGGGCGGACGCCGCUGCAUUGGGCUUGCAGCAACGUUUUGCGCCGCCAUGCUAAGGAGGCCCCGCCGGCCCCCGACAAGAAGCGCGUUGUGGAGUGGCUCCUGCAGGCGGGAGCCCACGCGGACACUGUCACGCACGACGGCCACACGCCGAGCAUGUAUAUCGUCGAGAGUGCCAAAGGAGCCGAAGCAGUCGGCUGCCUGGCUCUGCUGCAGCGCUACGGCGCCGACCUGCACGUGCUGGACGAGCAGGGCCGGUCGCUGCUGAUGCGGGCGGCGGCGGCAGGCAACGUGGAGGCGGCCAGGUGGCUGCUGGAGCAGGGGCUCGACCCAGCGCUCGUGGACAAACAGGGCCGGCGUGUGGAGCACCACGCGCAGAGGAAGGUGCGCAAGCAGAUCAACGCCGCCGCCGCCUCCAUCGUGGAGAUGUCUUCCGCUGGAGCUGCAGCCACGGCGGCGACACCGGCAAAGCUGGGCUGUGGCGAUGCUUUAGCGGCUGGCCCGCCCCAGCUGCUACUGCCGCAGCGCAGCAGGCGGCUUCAGCUGCCGCCGGAAGGCUGUCCGGAGCUGGAGCCCCGGCAGCUGGUCUGGGGCAAGAUGCUGGGCAGUGGUUCGUACGCAGUGGUGCACGCCGGCAGCUACCGGGCCCAGCCAGUCGCCAUCAAGGUGCCCAAGCUGCACACGGAGGAGUACGCCAUCAACUUCAUCGCGCAGCAGCAGGAGUUGCAAGCGCUGGCGCGGCUCGCGGCUGCGGCGACAGCGGUGGAGGCUGACUGCUGCGGCGGCAGUAUGAGCGGUGCUGGCGGGGCCUCGCACGUGCUGGACUUCAAAGGGGUGGUCACGCGGCGUGAUGGAGCGCAGGCGCUGGUGCUGGGCAGGUGUGUCACGGCACUGAGCGAUGAGGCGGCCCUUGCCAAGCUGACUGCUGCAGACCGGUUCCGUGUGGCGCGGGAGUUGGCCCAGGGUCUUGCCUUUAUGCAUGAGCACGGGGUCGUGCACAAAGACCUCAAGAUUGACAAUGUGCUCCUGGAUUCCACCGGCGGGGUCAAGAUAUGCGACUUCGGCCUGAGCGCUAUCGCCUCACCGGCCACAAACAAAGGCGCCGGUGUGGGCUGGGCGCCGCUGCAAGACGAGAGCUUUGGGGGCGACCAGGGUGGCAACCCCUUCUGGUCGGCUCCAGAGCUGGUCAACUGCUGGCCUUACAGCGGCAAGGCGGAUGUGUGGACCUGGGGCAUCAUGCUUUCGCAGCUGGCGGGGUGGCGCGGCGCCACCCCCUUUCCUAGCAUGGACUCGAGCACGGUCUACAUUGUGCGGACGUCACCGCAGCGCCUGGGCCCGGAGCACCUGCGGCGCCACAUCCUGCGGCACACGCGCACGGACAGCACGGAUGUGCGCCAGCUGGUGUCCGACUGCGUGCAGGCCGACCCGGCGGCGCGGCCCAGCAUGAGUGAGGUGGUGCAGCGGCUGGAGGGCAUGGCGGUGCAGGCCCUGCCGCGGCCGGAGCGCGGCGGCGUUUAGGUAGGCCUCUGAUGUAGGCGCGCCGAGGGCAUGAGUGCUGUACAGGGCGCAGACGUGGUAGCAGGUCCGAGCAUGCGUGCGUGGAGGGGGGUAUGAAGUACCCCCCGCGCUUAAGAUUUCGGAACGGCUGGCAGCUGUUGUUUGCCGAGUGUCACACCUGUUGUUGCUGCGGCAUGAAGCCAGGGAGCUAGGUGAUGUAUGGAGCUGAGGGCGGCUGAUGCAAAGUGGGCCUUCAGAAGUCAGAAU